AUGCCUGCUCUCCCUCUCACGCCGCCGCUCACGCUCCCGCCGCCCCCUCGCACCGCCUGCUCUCCCUCUCACGUCGCCGCUCACGCUCCCGCCGCCUGCCGCCACCCCCCUCUCCUACCCCCUGCUGCCACCUCCGGCAUGCCUGCUCGCACCGCCUGCUCUCCCUUUCACGCCGCCGCUCACGCUCCCGCCACCCGCUCACGCUCCCGCCGCUCCCACCCCUGCUGCCACCUCCGGCCGUCAUGCCCGCUCGCACCACCUGCUCAGCUCCCACCGCCCGCUCCUGCUCCACCUCCUCAACACUGCCUCGCUGUUGAUAUGAGACCGCCCAGAUCGACGACCUCGGCUCGCUCCGAUCAAAGGUUAAUUUGGGAAUAUUUUUUGCUUAACCUCAGGAAUCGGCAAAAACCAAGGCAGAUGGAGGUUUUUUGA